CGUAGUGUUGCUGCGGUGGCACCAACCCCACGUCGCUCUCUGGAUAGUUCUGUGCUCUACAGGCUACGUGAGUUUCUUCUCACCAUCACCACCUGGUCGUGGCUUCGUUUAAUGUCAAAAUCACAGCUCCGACCGAUGCAUGUUUUCUAGAGGUACCACAGGCUGUAUCGCUGUCCCGUAAGAAUAUGUGUAAUAAUGUAUCUUAUCUCGUUGUGGGAUUUCGCUGAAGACUCUUUCUAAUCAUUCUUAGUUAUAAGUUUUUUUGUCGUUGAAUGCGACUGUAAUCAUAGCCAAUGUUUAUAGCCGAAGACAGCAUUGUUUUAAGUAAGGGAUUUAACAACUACAACGUCAGUUCGUCAGCAUAGCAGAGCAGCAUUGUGUCAGACGCCUAACUUAUGGUUUUACCUUUUCUCGGAUAGGAUCGCCUGUAGCCCAUGCUAUAAAAAGAAGCUUAUGGUGCGUAUAGCGAAAUAAAUGUAGCUUACGCCAGAAAAAAAAAUGGGUCCUGAACUGAAUUGUUUUUGAAAGCCUAGGUUUAGCCUACUGCAGAUUUCUUUGACUUCAGAGCGAGGAUGUGUAUGGGCUAUUUAAAAGAAUCAGACCAAAAGAUAGACUACAAGCCAGCCUGCUUGGUAACCUAACCUAAGCCAAUACUUUUCAAAAGGAAACUAAGUUGUAUGUACGUCGGCCGACAGUGAAGAGGAAAACUGCGAUAGUGCUCUCUCGCAACCCAAAUGAUGAAGCAUAUUUCAAGAAGUGCUCCAGAAAGUGGCUGAUCAAAAGCACAUCCCUGCAGCUGUGAACAACGGACAGACGGUUACAGUUGUAUUUUCACGUUAGGUGCCCUAAAUUUAGCCCAGCCAGUUUAACUUGUAACUCACUGAAUUCUCUGCGUUUUAUUUCGGGAUUGAAGCAGCAUGUUCGUGUGUAGGCUACAGAGUCGGUGAGUUUCAUGCCGAGCAAGUUGACGGCAGACAGAGUUCAGUAGCCUAAUCAGAAUCCUCACAGCCACGAAACAGCGAGAGGGGAACUGUAGCUCAGAAGGCAGCUGCUAUGCGACUUGCCACUGCCACAAUUCUGACCUCAGAAUGACUGACCGAAGAGGUCGCUUUGAAUAUGAAAUAAGUGUUGACGCCGAAGCAUCGCAGAAUAAAACGCUUUCCAGAAAUUUUAAGGAGAUCCGUCAAACUCGCCGAAACAAACACCUGAACAGAAGAGUGAAUACAGAGGACAUUGCUCGCAGAGGAGACAGUGGCUCGUAUCGGACCGAACCCGGGAAAACCUGUAACUCUACAAAUGUGAUGCUUAUGCAUCACAGCGCUUCUGACUUAAGAUUUACCGAACGCCACUAUUUCUGCACCGACUGUGAAGUUCCUCUGAACAACCACAGCCAUAAGAAGAAAAUGAUUGUCGAUAACGCAAAAACAUUUUCAUCAAGAUAUUCAAACUACAAUGGAAAGAGAAAGUUGGCAUUUAGAUCAUGGAGUUGGUGGGCGUUGUGUCUUUCCAUACACGUGUUGAAAGCAGCAGCUCAAGGUGAUGUGGCUCCGUACUUCAAAACGGAGCCUGGACCCCCAGAGAUCCAUCUGGAGGGUAAUCGUCUGGUGCUGACGUGCUUGGCUGAAGGGAGCUGGCCACUGGAGUUCAAAUGGAUGCUCAACAACACAGACAUCACCUCCUUCACACAUGCGUAUAAGUACACCAUCCCCUCCCUGCAGCGCUCAGACCGGGGCUUCUACCAGUGCGUGGUGAGGAACAGGAUGGGGGCGCUGCUCCAGAAGAGGGCUGAGAUGCAGGUGGCAUACAUGGGCAGCUUCACCGAGGCCGAUCAGAGGAAGACGGUGACCCAGGGCCGCGCCGCCGUGCUGAACUCCCCAGCGGUCAGCGGCUACCCGCGGCCUCAGGUGACGUGGUUCAGGGACGGCUACAAGAUCAUCCCCAGCAGCCGAGUAGCCAUAACCCUGGAGAAUCAGCUCGUGGUCCUAGCCACAGCCGCAGCCGAUACGGGGAGUUACUACGUCCAGGCCGUUAAUGAGAAAAACGGCGAAAACAAGACGAGCCCAUCCAUUUACCUGACAGUAGCAGUAAGCAAGAGGAACCGGGGUUCACAUGAUUCCGACGCUCCGGCCGACCCGGUAGCACCAGUCAUUGUGGUUCCACCUCGCAAUACGACGGUGGUGGCAGGGGUGAACGAGGCUACGCUGGAGUGUGUGGCUAAUGCACGCCCAGUGGACAAGCUGAGCAUCACCUGGAGACGUAACGGGGCGGAGGUGGCUAGUGGCGUGGGCUCUUUUGGCCGGCGGCUGACAAUAGUGAACCCCACCUCAGCUGAUGUCGGGCUUUAUGUGUGCGAGUCCUCCUUACUGGACAGCAGCGUGCGCCCAGCAGAGGCCCGUGCCUACCUCUCCAUCAUAGAGACGCCGUACUUCACAGCAGAGCCCAAGAGGAAGGUCAUCGGCGAGGUGGAGAGAACCGUCGAGAUCCAGUGCCAAGCCAGAGGGGUGCCAGCGCCCAAAAUUGAGUGGUAUAAGGAUGCAGUGCCUCUGAGUAAGCUCAACAACCCCCGCUACAAAAUCAUCUCCAGCAUGGGCCUGCAGGUCAGGAAGGUGCACCCCAGUGAUGCCGGCAUCUUCCAGUGCUUUGCCAGGAACUCAGCUGGAGAGAGUCAAGUGCAUACCUACCUGGAUGUCACAAGCAUGACUCCGGCAUUCCUCCGCCCGCCCUCCAAUGCAACCGUGACCGAUGGGGCCGUGGCCACCUUCGCGUGCCAAAUCUCCGGAGCGCCCAAGCCCGCCAUCACUUGGAAGCGAGACUCUCAGAUUCUGGCCAGUGGCUCGGUACAGAUCCCUCGUUUCACACUGCUCGAGUCGGGAGGCAUGCAGAUCAACCCAGUGAUGCUGCAGGACACCGGCCACUACACCUGCUACGCCGCCAAUACUGAAGGAGCCAUCAACGCCUCGGCCAGCCUCACCGUCUGGAGUCGCACGUCCAUCUCGCUGCCACCUACGGACCGCCGCGUCAUAAAGGGAACGACGGCCAUCUUGGAAUGUGGUGCCACCCACGAUCCCCGUGUGGCUGUGAGCUUUGUGUGGAAGAAAGAUGGUGAGCUGGUAAGUCAGUCCAGAGGGGGGCGUAUCAGCCUGCAGGAUGGCUCUCUGCUCAUCACACAGACGUGGUCCGGCGACAUUGGUGACUACACCUGCGACGUGCUCUCCCUGGCCGGGAACGACUCCAAGUCUGCCCGUCUGGAGGUCAUUGAGCUGCCCCACUCCCCACGGAACCUGCAGGCCAGCCUCAACAUCAGCAACAGCCGCAGCGUGGACCUGACCUGGAUGAGGCCAUUUGACGGCAACAGCCCCCUGCUGCACUACGUGGUGGAGCUGUCGGAGAACAACUCCCCAUGGAAGGUGUACCUGCCAGAAGUGGACCCAUCCCUAACUGGCGCGGUGGUCAAAGGGCUCACGCCCGCCAGGACCUACCAAUUCAGGGUGUGUGCCGUCAAUCAAGUGGGCAAGGGACAGUACAGCACCGAGACCAACAGACUGAUGCUGCCUGAGGAGCCUCCCAGCGCGCCCCCCAAGAACAUAGUAGCCAGCGGCCGCACCAACCAGUCAAUCAUGGUCCAGUGGCAGCCCCCUCCAGAGCCUCAGCUCAAUGGGGUACUGAGGGGCUACGUCCUGAGGUAUCGCCUGGCGGGGCUCCCCGGGGACUACCAGCACAAGAACAUCAGCAGCCCCGAGAUCAACUACUGCCUGGUCACCGAGCUCAUCAUCUGGACGCAGUACGAGAUCCAGGUGGCGGCGUACACGGGUGCGGGCCUGGGAGUGUUCAGCCUGCCAGUGACAGAGUACACGCUGCAGGGAGUUCCGACAGCGCCCCCCCAGGGAGUGGAGGCCACUGCUGUCAACUCGACUACAAUCCGGUUUACCUGGAAUCCACCACCUCAACAGUUCAUCAAUGGCAUCAAUCAAGGCUAUAAGCUCAUGGCCUGGCCUGAACAUUCCCCUGAGGCCAUGACUGUAGCAACCAUCACCCCAGACUACCACGGCACCCGGCACAUUGGCUACAUCAACGGGCUGAAGAAGUUCACUUGGUAUCUGACAUCGGUGUUGUGCUUCACAACCCCAGGCAACGGGCCCAGGAGCGUUCCUAGACUUGUCCAGACUCAUGAGGACACACCGGGCCCUGUUGGUCACCUGAGCUUUACAGAGAUUCUGGACACUUCCCUGAGAGUAAGCUGGGAGGAGCCCACAGAAAAGAAUGGCAUCAUCUCAGGGUACCUCAUAUCAUGGGAGGUGGCAGGGAGGAACUGGACGCGGGUGACGCAGACCAUGUCCAACACCACACUGGAGUACAAGGUGACGGGUCUGACCUCACUCACCACCUACACCUUGGAGGUGGCGGCCAAUACAGAGGCUGGAAUCGGAACGGUCACCUCCUCCACUAUCUCCUCAGGGGUGCCCCCAGAGCUCCCUGGACCCCCGUCAAAUUUGGUUAUCUCGAAAAUAAGCCCCCGCUCUGCAACGCUGAAGUUCCGUGCUGGAGAUGAUGGGAAAACAUCCAUCUCUAAGUGGGUUGUGGAAGGCCAGGUGGGGAACAUUGGCGAGGAUGAGGAAUGGAAAGUGAUGUAUGAGAAGGACAACGAUCCGGAAGCUCAAGUCCUGGAGGUCCCCGGCCUCACCCCUUUCACCUACUACAGGUUCCGGAUGCGUCAGGUCAACGUGGUGGGGGCCAGCCCAGAGAGUGUGCCUUCUCGUGUUAUCCAGACUCUGCAGGCUCCCCCUGAUGUCGCCCCUGGCAGCAUGACCGUGCGCACCGCCAGUGAGACCAGCCUGUGGCUGCGCUGGAUGCCGCUGCCGGAGUCGGAGUACAAUGGGAACCCGGAGACGGUGGGCUACCGCGUGCGUCUGUGGCGGGCGGAUCUGGAGGGCGAGGCACGGACGCAGGUGGUGAACGACCGGUUGGAGAGGGAGCUGACCCUUGAGGGCCUGGAGGAGUGGACCGAGUAUGCCCUUCAGAUCCAGGCCUUCAACUCCAUCGGCCCUGGGCCCUGGAGCAAGGUCAUCAGGGGCCGCACCAGAGAGUCAGUGCCAUCUGGAGCACCAGAGAACGUGACAGUCGAGGCGGUGAGCUCCACUCGUAUCCUGGUUACCUGGAGUCCAGUUCCGGAGCAGGAGCAGAACGGGAAUAUUCUGGGAUACAAGGUGCUCUACAAAGAGAAGGACUCUGACUCAGAGGCCCAGGUGCAGGCGGUGAAGGGGAACCUCACCCAGUCGGUUCUGUUGAGGAACCUGCGCAAGUACGUGCAGUACCAGAUCCAGGUGCUGGCCUUCACGCGCAUCGGAGACGGCGAGCUCAGCAGUCCGCCGGUGCUGGAGAGGACCAAAGACGACGUUCCAGGGCCUCCCAUAAGGCUGGUCUUCCCAGAGGUGCGGCUAACUGAGGUCAGAGUCAUCUGGCAGCCCCCAGUGGACCCCAACGGCAUCCUUAUGGGAUACCAGGUAGCUUAUCGGUUGGACACCGGAGACCCGAACCAGUUCACUACAGUGGAGGUGGGUCCCGACGCCCGCCAGUUCACAGCCUUGGGUCUGCGCCCAGAGUCGGCCUACAUCUUCCGGAUCAGCGCCAAAACGGAGCAGGGCUGGGGUACUGCAGCACAAGCUGUGGUCAUCACCACCGAAGUUAGAGAGCGGCCGCAGCCCCCGGUCAAGCUGAGUGUUCCCCAGGCGCAGGUGCAGUCUCGACAGCUGCAGCUGGACUGGGUGCCCGGCGGCGACGGCUCGUCUCCAGUGCGCUACUUCACCCUGCAGAUGCGGGAGCUGCCCGACGGGGACUGGCUCACCCACUCCUCCGCCAUCGGCCAUAACUGCACCUCCUUGGACGUGAACCGACUCAAACCCUACACCUCUUACAAGCUGAGGAUGAUGGCAACUAACGACAUUGGUGACAGCAAGUACAGCAAAGAUACGGAUGCAGUCACCACCUUACAAGACCUUCCCGACGAAGCCCCUGAAAUUCUGGCAGUGAAGCCAUCCACCACCACAUCAGUGCUGGUCCAGUGGCAGGCACCCAAAGAUGAGAGUGUGAACGGCGUGCUGGUGGGCUACCGACUGUACUACCGAGAGCUCCAGUAUGACAGCUCUCUGCAGGAGUCAAAGAAGCCUGUCAACGGCUCAUCAGCGCUCUCCGAACUGGCAGUGAAAAGCACAGUGAAGACCGUGAGCAAUCCUUCACUAACCGAAUUUGAGCUAACACAGCUCCAGAAAUACAGACGCUAUGAAAUAGUGAUGACAGCUUACAAUAUAAUCGGCGAGAGUCCGCCGAGUGCUCCCUUUGAGGUGUUUGUCGGCGAGGCAGCUCCCUCCGUGGCCCCCCAGAACAUCCGGGUCAAUCCCCUCUCCUCGUCCCAGCUGGAGGUACUGUGGGAGCCACCACCUGUGGAAACCCAAAACGGCAUUAUCCAGGGCUACAAGAUCCAUUACUGGGAGAUGGACAAUCAAAACGAAACGGAGAAGGUUAAGAUCCUCUUCCUGCCGGAGACCACGGUCAAGCUGAAGAACUUGACCAGCUACACAUUCUACCAGGUGAAGCUCUCUGCCUUCAACGCAGCUGGUGACGGCCCACUGAGCGAGCCCAGAAGAGGACGUACACUCCAAGCAGCGCCCAGCGCUCCAAGCUUCGUCUCCUUCUCGGAGGUGACGAGCAGCACACUGAACGUCUCCUGGGGCUUCCCUCUGUCUCCCAACGGCGUGGUGGAGGGCUACAGGGUGCUCUACGAGCCCACCGCCCCCAUCCACGGUGUCAGCAAGGUGGUGACGGUGGACAUCAGGGGCAGCUGGCAGCGCUGGCUGAAGGUGCGGGACCUCACCAACGGGGUGACCUAUUGCUUCCGCGUGCAGGCCAAGACCAUCAGCUACGGGCCGGAGGCCGAGGCCAACAUCACGGCCGGCCCUGUGGAAGGAUCACCAGGGUCUCCAGUGGACAUGUCCAUCACCAAGUCCACCUCUGCCCUCACUCUCCACUGGACGCCAGGAGACUCGGGCUCUGGGCAGCUCACUGGCUAUGUGAUUGAGGCUCGGCCUUCAGAUGAAGGCUUGUGGGACACAUUUGUGAGGCACCUGCCCCCCAGCAGCACAUCGCAUGUCAUCAGUCUGGAUCGCCUGCGCCAGGGGGUCAGCUACCAGUUCCGGGUGCUCGCCAUCAACCAAAUGGGCUACGGUGAGCCGAGUGCGCCAUCUGCUGCCAUGUCAGCCCAGCUGGAGACGCCGUUCUAUGAGGAGUGGUGGUUCCUGAUCAUCCUGGCCCUCAGCAGCCUGAUCCUGCUGCUGAUCGUGGUGUUUGGGCUGCUCUUCCACGGCCAGAGCAAGAGAUAUAAGAGCUGUGGCACAGCAGGCAAAGCCGUCUCGACAGUAGAGGAGUCUGUCACCCUAGACAACGGAGGCUUUACCGCACUGGAGCUUAACAGCCGACCUCUGCAUGUCAAGAGCACCUUCCUGCGCAAGAAUGGGACUAGAUCUCCUCCUCGGCCAAACCCUGCCGGGCUCCGCUACUCAGACGAGGACAUCUGCAACAACUACAACGGCGGUGUGUCUACUGAGAGCACAGCCCUCACAGAGAGGCCUACCGAGGUCUCUGAGUCAGAGGCCUCGGAGAGUGAGUGUGAGGAGGACCAGGUCAAGCACUCGUUUGUGAACCAUUACAUGAGUGACCCAUCCUAUUUCAACUCGUGGAAGCGGCAGCAGAAGGGCCUGAAGCAGACGCUUGCCUGCGCCUACGAGGAGUGUGCCAGCGGCGACACGGACUCCUACUACCAGACUGUGGUCACCCAGCACAGUGUAGGGGGCGUGUACACCCCCGCCGGACAGCCCGCCGCAGGCUCGCGAACUCCCGUCACGGGCUUCUCGUCCUUUGUGUGACAGCCAUGGGGCAGAGGGGCUCACUGGACUUUAAAAAUGGGAAAAAAUGAGGUGGGUCUGGUCCCUCUGGCUUUUGGCUCAAGGUCUGAUAGCUGGUGGGAUUGCGCAGUACAAAGAAGAAAGGAAGGAUGGAAGGAAGUAAGGACCAAAUGCCACGAGCGGAGAGAAACUCAGACAUUUGACAUUUCACUUCGAGCACUAUAUAAGAUAUUUAUGACCGGUCAUUUGUUUUUUGUUUUUUAAUGUACUUUUCAUGCUGAUCAGUGAUCGUGUCAGUUUAAAAAGAAGAGAAAAAUAAUUAAUUAAGAAAAACUUGUUCACAGGAAAAGAAAACUUGUCUUCAAAAGCACCUGAGAUAUUCACUACAUUUGGAAGUGUAUGAUCAUGUUUUAUGUUUUAUUUUGUCUGUGUGUGUGUGUGUGUGUGUGUGUGUGUAAGUGUGUGUGUGUGUGUGUAAGAGAAUGGAGUCAUGAUUUGUGCACGCAAGUCUGUGUGUGCAACCCUGACUUAAAAUCUAUGUUUUAAGAUGGGUGUUAAAAGCAGGGUAUCAUAAUGGUAUGACAGGUCAAUACAGUAAAGAGUAAUGCAUCUAUAGAAGAACAUUCUCUCUUGCUUGUCUCAAAUAAAUCAUUCCAAGAUCAUUCCUUUCAUGGAAUAACACCACACCACAAAUGACUGCUGAAUUAUGUAUGUCAAACAUCAUACUAUACACAAUGUCUAAGCAGAAUGUCACCUUUGGUCAGUGUAAAGUUCUUUAGGACUUUAUUUGAAUAUGAAGAGCUGAGUAGUCCUGUCUCUGCUGUGUGUGCUUGUUCACCGCUUCACAAAGUCACCAGAGCCAGUAUCCAAAGAAAAGCUUCCCUUUCAAGUGGCGUGCAAGAGGUUAGGUGGAGUUGUCCUCACACAGCAGCGUUUUCACACUUGCUUAGAUUCCUCCUUCCAGCAUCACAACUUCACAUUUGACUUCAAUUACAACAGAAAACUUUUGAGAUGUUUCUUUUGUUUUGUUUCUCUCUCAAAAGUAUGAAUGUAGUCAAAUCCCAGUCAGUGUUGAUGGGAGGAAGGACAUCUAUUGCCUUUGCCCUCAUUAUCUGCACAUCUAAGCCGAACGAGCAUCACUUUAAGAGGAAAAGACAUACAUUUAGCAUGAUUUGCUUAUUUGAACUGACAGGCAUUGUUUUGUUCCCCCACCUAGCUGUGUUAUGUUUUGUGCUCAGACUGUGAGUUUUCAAAAAAAUAUUUGCUCUGGAUUUUGAAGUGUUUUUUGAAAAGUGCUGUAGAUUCACCGUCAUGUUCUGUUGGAUUUGGGUUCUGCAGCUUUUCCCUCAAUGCCAAACACUGUACAGAAAACUAUUCUUCUAUCACUCAUCAAUCGCAUCAUCUCUGUUUCACCAUGAGUGUAUGUUACUGAAUUUUCAUACAGUAAAAUUAUUUCCCACCUUUUGAGAGGAAUUAAA